CACAGCGUUAUGUGAACACAGUACGCUGGCUUCAAACAAAGCUACAUUCUUGCUCCGUGUUAUGUCAUAGUUGAUGAACGGAUGAUAGGCUCGGGCACGAUCGGGAACGGAGUGAUGAACUGAAAAGAGAGAGGGAGUGCACGAAGAGGCCGUGGAAAGGAGAGGGCACGAAGGAGGGAGGGAUGAGCGCAGUCUGGGCAAAGUGAAAUCUCCAUUAGUUUGACAGCUGUCUGCAUGCACAGCUCCAGCUGGCUUUCUACCUGCGCUCCAUCGCAAACCGUCUUUUUUGACUCUCUGGGGCUUUGUGCGUUCACACUUACAUUUCACAACUUUCACGCUCAGGGUGAAGUAUUCAGCCUGGUGUCGGAUGAAGAGCGAGGUGUGACUAUUGCCGAAGACAGCAACGACAUUUACAUCCUCUCGGGAGACCAGGAUCACGACCAGAUCAGCCCUCCCUCGUCACUGCUGUGCACCGGAGACAACAGCAGCGAGCAGAGCUCCUGGCAGACAGAAAGCUUACCUGUGUCUCUGGCUGGCCACGAGUCGUGGGCACAGGUUGGUGCAAUGGACCCUGAAGACAUCAAGAGCCUGGACAGCAACGAGGGCGUUGCUCUGGUCGAGGAGCGUAGUGAAAACAACUCCUCAAACUCGGACAUCGUCCAUGUGGAGCGCGAGGAAGCCGAGCUGUUGGAGGAAGGCAGCGAAGGCGGAGUGAUAGAAGAAAGCAUGAUGAGUGUUUUAGGCACUGACAGUGAGCUAGCUGAGCUCAGGGAGGAGUUAAGAGUCCAGACCCCACCAGUGACAGCUGAGGCAGACCCCACACCUCCAGCAUCCCUGAUUUCAUUAGAAGAGCCAGUUGUGAUAGAAACACCUGCAAGCUUGUCUGCAGAACCUUCAUUCAUUUCCUCAGAACCAGAGCUGCUUCCCUCUGCCUCUGAACCUGCUGAAGCUGAACCUGCAGUACCUUUGUCUGUUCCUGCAGUGGAACCUGAGCCAGAACCAGCUGCUGUCACUGCCCCAGCGACUGAUCCAGUGCCUGCUGAAACGGCAGUCCCAUCUCCAGCCAAGGAAAUCCCGACAACACCAGCAGAGCCUGAUUACACAUUAGAACUAGCGUCCGAACCAGAGCUGAACCCGGAGUCCACCACUGUGUUUCACCAGCCAAAGGAAUCGCAGCCAGAACCAGAGACUGUGGCAGAGCUAGACGAUACGGUCGCUGCACCUCCAGUCGCAGAGGCUGCGGAGGCCCCUGUCAAAGCACCAGCUGAGGAGGCCCCAGUGCAGCCGGAGCCAGAAUCAGAGCUCCCAGUGUUGCUUUAUGGAGGGGCUGCUCUGGCAGUCCUUGCAGCUGUUAUAGCCUUCGUUCUCAUACGCUUUCAGAGGAAAUAGCGUGAGAAAGUGUUAUCCUCAGCAGCGAGAGUAUAGAAUGCUAAGAUAGAAUAAAUGUAUUUGCAUAAACACGGUGAGAAUCUCCUUAAAAGUAGUUUUUAAAAAUCUUCCGGGUAUAAAAUGUGUGAAAGUGUCCCCCAGCAAACCAGAAUGUCUUGUCAUCCACAACCUUAGUGCUGGGAGUCCCUCGCUGCUUCUUUCAACCAGCUGCAAACACACCAAUGUGAAAACGGUGCACUCCACUCUACUUCUUAUUUUCUCUGUUUUUCUUUUGGGGGUCAGUUGCAAUUUUUUUCCAAUUUCUUUUUGCCUCCAAUCUUUUGUACGUAUUACUGAGUACAAGAGCGUGUGUGAACUUUUAUCCCUCUUCUCUUAGAUUCAGCGUCUGUUGUGUCUCUUGGUUUGCUGUUUGCGUUGUUUCUUUCAUUGGAGCCAGUGAGGCUGGAUUGAAAAUUGACAGUGCUCACACAGGAAACAUAAACCUCAAGUAUAAGUUGUGAUGUUGUGCGACAUAUGGUUUUCUUGCUCUUCCGCCUCCUACGCAACAAAGGGUUAUUUAUAUUUUUCUCCCUGUGAGUAAAUCUGAUACUUUCAUAAACAGACCAAAUGGCUUCUAUGGAAGUGAAUGGUAUUUUUGAUAUUUUUGAUUGAAACCAAAAAUGAAUCUAACGUGUCCAUGUUGCACAAUAAAUUUGUGAUAUCAGUGCAUAAAUUUGAAUAUAUUGUGGUUUUAAAACAUUUAAAAAAAUCUUGAUGCAUUGUUUCAGAAACCAGAUGUUCUGAUUUUUUUUUUUAAUCUACUAUAUUUGGUUGCAUUAACCAAACAAGAACCACCGAUUACUUUCAGUGUAAAUGAGCUAUAAUUACUCCAGAAAAGUAGGGCAUGGAUGCAGCACAUUGAUUCAAUCUAGUUUAUUUGACAUUUUUUAGGGUUGAAUUUGACUGGAUCUCUAUUCCCACCUAUCCCAGUUACAUCUCACCCUCAUUUCAGUUACUUUGCUGUCGUGCUUUUGCGCCGCAGCAUCUUUAUUUGGUCCUCUGUACUUUGCCUUGUCCCCUUUUCCCUUAUUGCGGCACUGCUCAUAAUACCCGACUAGUUCCACAAAGGUUCAUUUGUAAGUGUCUGCCCCAGUGACAAGAUAUUACUUCCCUCCCCAAGUAGAAAGAAAAGCAGUAGCAUGCUGAGAGUUAUUGAAAGCAAAAUCAGGUUGCCAAAAGACAAUCAAAACCACUUCAGUCUUCAGAACAGGAAACUCAACCUCUUAUGUAGCUGUAAUUUUGGAUUUUGCGUUCACACUACAUUAAAGAAAUCACUGAACAUUCUAGUAAACAAGCAGAGCACAAGAAACCAAAAUAAUAUACUGAACAGGAAGUGGAAACAAAUAGCGUGGAAUCUCCCUUUGAUUCCCUCAGAGGAAAAACAGCUGGGAAAUUUAUGAGGAACUCAUGUAAUCUGUUAGCCUGGUCCUUAACACACUCUCACUGCUGCUAUCACGCAAAAUCAUUGGAGUUUAAAGAUAUUAUAGGAAUUUGUAUGAAUGUUCAUGUCACCUUCAGUACUGCAAAUGUUACACUCACCAACUUAAACUACAUCUACUUUCAAAGGGAAACUUUACAAGUCCAGAGCAGGAUGGAUGUCAAAAACAAUACCCAACAUGGCAUUUUGUACCUUGAGUUUCCUACAGAACAUUGUUUGAAGCAAAAAACAAUAAAGAGAUUAAACUAC